GGUAUGCUGUGCUCGCGGGGAUUGGCUGUACAUGCAGCGAUUACGUCCUUCACAAGCUCCUUCCUCGAUCAUCACCACAGGUUCCACCAUUAUCGAUACCUCAAGCCGCCAUCAGCUUUGGUGUUGACAUCCUCUGAAGACUGAACCGCAUCAGCGCUGCUUUUGUGCCUCCUCCGAUCAUGAAGGGUGCAUUGAAGUUCGCAAAGCGCACGCCUCACCUGCUUCAGGGCAAGGUGGGGAUGGCUGCCAAAUCGCAUGAUGCCGCGUUCGACGAGCUGAAUAGGAAGUUUGGUCAGUUUGAGAAGAAUGCGGAUCAUUUGCACAAGGACGCCACAGCGAUGAAAGAUGGGGUCAAAAACAUGCUGUUGAGCGGUGCUGGUUUCGGAUCUGCCUUCGCGAACCUCUUCGCCAACGCGUCAAAUCGGUCGGCUUAUCCAAAGGCUGAACAGACCGCAGCGUACCUACCCAUUUACGAUGCGAUGAUGGAAGAGCUUCGCGAGACUCUGACUCCAGAAAUCGAGCUCAUUGAGAGUCGAAUCAUCAGUCCUGCCAACGAGUUCAUCGGGAUCUGCAAAGCCGUACGGAAGAACAUCACAAAGCGCGAUCACAAGCUCAUCGACUACGAUCGCCAUAAUAAUUCAUACACCAAGCUCAAAGACAAGAAGGACAAGACGCUGAAAGACGAACAAAACCUCUUCAAGGUGGAGCAGGACUUUGAGACCGCAGCAGCGGAUUACGAAUACUUCAACAACAACCUGAAAGAGGAGCUGCCGCGGUUCUUCGAAAUGGCGCAGCGCUUCAUCACGCCGAUCUUCCACAGCUUCUACUAUAUGCAGCUCAACGUCUACUACCUGACUCUGGACAAACUGCAAACAUUUGCUGACGGCAAGUACGACAUUGCAAAGACGUCCGGGAUCAGCAUUGAGGACACCUACGUGCAGCAACUUAAUGAUGCUGCCGAGCGGCUGGAGGCCUUGACAAUUCGCAAGCCGACUCCUCCAAGUGCUCGUGUUCUACAACAAGCGCGCAGCGGCUCCAGCCCCGCCUCGCCUCCCGCAUCUCGAUAUGCACCACCACCUAAGGCUGCUCCUACGCACAAUCGAGUCGCUUCAGCCUCGACUGCGUCUGCGGCUGCGCCUCCUGCGUACACCGCUGGGGCAUCGUCGGCUACCAGCAGCGCAGCAGCGGGCAAGCGAGCGCCUCCGCCUCCUCCUACCAAGCCCAAGCCUGGCGCAGCGCCUGGCGUGACGUACGUCACCGCACUUUACGAUUACACCGCGCAAGCCGAUGGCGACUUGAGCUUUUCGACUGGAGACAGGAUAGAGGUUGUCGAGCGUACAGCCUCCACAGAGGACUGGUGGACAGGCAAGGUGCAUGGGGUGCAGGGUGUCUUUCCAGGGAAUUACGUUCGAGAGGGGUGAGCUCCCUUGCUGCCUCGACCGCGAUGCGUCAAUUUCCAUUCUUCGUAACUCUGGACAGCUUGUUUGCAAGAAUUUUGCACGGACGCCCCCUUGUCGAUUGCGAAAGCUUUCCCAAUUCGAGACCUAUCUCCGUCUGGCUACGUCUGACAAGUGCUCGUAAUGAUGCUUGCACGUCUUUCGAAUUUUCGCGUUAGGUAGGCCCUGCGUA